CGUCAAAGUAAAUAUGUUGGGACUCUAACCGUUCGCUUGCGACACUUUGUUUGUCAGAGCUGUUUCUCUUGAAUCAGAGGACAACUACGGCAUUUUAUACAUGACUGACCCUACAAGAAAAAUAACAGGACACAUUUUGAUUGAAUGAUUCCUGAAGUACGGCACAGGAGUCUGGAAGGAACUUCCAAUGUUGAGCCGUAAGCGACCUCUGUUUGAUGGAUAUAAAAAGAAGCCUCAGCUUUGCAAAAAGAAAUGUUUGGCCAGUCUGAAAACUCUGCUGGACAGAUAUGAGAGUGACAGAGACACAAAACAUGCCAGACUAAGGACGAGCUGUCGUCGCCCCUGCACACCUGUAGCCUGUGUGACCAAACACCUGAAUGACACUGAUGGUUUCUUUGAACGAAUAUCGUCCUGGGCUGACACACAAUCCUCUGUGAAUAAAGUAUUGGAGCAUCUCAAGUUCAGACAAGCCAAUGAUGACAUUUUACUCAAUGACUCAGUCAACAAGAAAUUUUUGGAGUUUCACUGUUAUGUUACCGAGGAAAGUGGCACAGAAGAUAAGCAGCAUUCGUGGGCCGUUAUUGAGAAACAGGAGGAAAUUGUCAUGUAUGGACCUUAUUAUCCUAAUUACAUCAGCAAGGUACACAGCGAGGACUUCAUAGUUAAACAAACUCAGGAACUUCUGGAGUCAGAAGCUGCCGCAGAAGACUGGAGGGUGUAUGUUUUUACCAGGAACAGCCCCUGUUUGGCGAGAAACACAGAUCCAUGUAUGCUGAACCUUGUUCAAAAAGCUCAGCAGUGGUGGAGCAUGUAUGGAGUAAAGACUCAUAUUGGUUAUGUGAAAUGUUGGGGCUUCAAGGGAACUAAAGAAACUCUGUUCGGGGAUAUUAACUACAGCCAAGUGGAGUGUGUAGACCAAACUAAGGACUAUGAGAGCUAUGUGAAAGCGGCCAUGAAGACUGAUCCUAACCCUUUAUGUAAAACUCUGUUCUCUGCUGUUAAAGGCCUCCUGAAGUCUGCAGGUUUUACUUUGAUAAAUGUUAUGCAGGGUCAAGACUGGAAGAGUUACUUUAAAGGCAUGCAUAAUGUUUUUGAAAGCAAGCCAGAAGAGGAGAAAAAAGUCUUCAUGCAGGAGGCUAACACAAUCAUCGAAGCUGCACAAGUUCUGCUUUCAGAAAAAAACGGAAGUUUCGAUGAGUAUUUAGAAAGAGGACGUGCGUUUGCAUUUGAUUACAUUUUUAACUCACAAGUACCAGAUGCCAUGCAGGAUGAAAUAAGACUAACAUUUCAUGAGUCUUGGAAGGAUAUGAUAAAGGACAAAUAUGCCAAAUUCAUCAGGGAGAAGCUGUCAGAAUACUUCAAUCAAUAUACCGUUCAGCUUUUUAUCAAAGACAUUGUAGCAUUCACAAAAGAGUACUUACAAAUUGGAAGGAUACAGUUUUCAGCAGAGGCUCCUAGAUUAUGA